ACCCCGGUGUUCGUGUCGUUCUUCCUGGCCCUGCAGGGCCUGGCGGCGGCUCCGGCCCCGGGGCUGCUCCAGGGAGGGCUGGGCUGGUUCCAGGACCUGUCGGCCUCCGACCCCUAUUACGUGCUGCCCCUCCUGGUCACAGCCUCCACCUGGAUGGUGCUCGAGCUGGGGGCGGAGACAGGCGUGGCCACGCCCGGGGGCGGGGCCGUGCGGCAGCUGCUGAGGCUCCUCCCCCUCCUCUUCCUGCCCUUCAUCCUCCACUUCCCCACGGUCA